AUGAAGUCUCAAAGAUAUAAAACAUUUCAGCCGCAGAGAGGUAGAAAAAAUCGACCAAUAACAUUUUGGAAUACAAAUACCAAGAGAGAUUCACAUGAGGUUCUAUUAGACAGGGGCCAGAAAUGUACACGAUACGGGAAAAGGGCCAAAUUUAAAAGCUACCAAUCUAUCGUUUUGCUUUUUUCCCUAUUUUUAAUAAUAUCACUUAUUUUCUACAUACUACGAAGGACGCCUGAUGGUUGUGUAUACAAGAAGACUGAAGAACGUUCUGACUCUACUGUUUAUACCAAUGAAAUGAUUUCAGAACAAGAUAGCUAUGACAAGAUUAUACCAGAAAUUGGGCUGGGAGUGUCAGACACUCGAAAUUAUGAAAAGCCGAAUGCCAUAAGCAAUCGAGAUAGAAUUGUAUUUAGAAAAUUUUCUGAAGAUAAAAGGCAAUGUCCGCCCAUUCACAACAAUGUCACCAAAACUAUGAGGAAAUCGUUACAAAAAUGCCUGGAAUAUCAAAGGAGAUACGUAUAUCCGUGUCGGGAGAGUGCAACGCCCAAUGAAGGAAUGGUUCGGUUGAACCACUGCAACUGGAGGCCGGAGGGUUUGAUAAUUAACGGAGAAAAUGCUUAUUUAGGAGAGUUUCCUCAUAUGGUUCUUCUCGGUUUUAAUACAGCAGAUGAAGACACAAAAUGGAAAUGUGGUGGGGUCCUAAUCAGUGAGAAGUUUGUGUUGACUGCGGGUCACUGCACGUCUACUGCUGCAAGGAAUCAAGUAAGAUAUGUCAGGAUUGGGAUUCAAAAUAAAACUGAGAAGAUCCAUGACACGAAUAUGUAUAACGUGCAAAAAAUUCACAAGCACAAACAAUAUAAGUCACCAUCUCGUUAUCACGACAUUGCGCUUUUGGAGACAGAUAGGGUUAUGAAACUACAUCGGUAUGCAGUACCAGCUUGUUUGCACGAUGGCAGUUUUAUAAAUGAUUUAGAAGUCGUGUCUACAGGUUGGGGCACUAUUGUCAGUAAUGAAGAAUCCUUUCCGGAUACUCUGCAGAAGGUGACCUUAGAAAGGUUUACUAAAAAAGAAUGUGCUUUAAAUUACCAAAGGGCUCGGUAUUUAAAGAACGGAUAUGAUGAAAUCACUCAAAUAUGCUAUGGAGACAAAUAUACUACUCGAGAUACUUGUAAAGGAGACAGCGGCGGUCCAACUCAAAUAAAGCACCCUCAAGUGAAAUGCAUGUACCUGAUAACCAGUAUUACUAGCAACGGCAAGCGGUGCGGCGUGACCGGCACUCCCGGGCUGUACACCCGAGUGGCACCUUACUUGGACUGGAUAGAGUCCAUCGUGUGGCCCUCU